GAACAAAGGAGACCAGCGUGAUCGCUCAGGCCCACUGCCUAAUACUGCCCCAAACAAACACGUCGCUUCUGGAUCUUACCGCCGGCUCCAGCAGUUCGCUCCUCCGGUGAUCUUCAAGGCUUAGGAAGAUGUCGAAAAUUCGAGCAAUAUGGCAAGCAUCUUUAACCGCCACUAAAAGAGCUCUCACUUGGAACAUUGAUGACUUGAUUCCUCCUAGUGAACGAUUUAUAUACAACUUCAGUUCAAAAGAAGAGCUUAAGAAGUGGCACUUGUAUUCCGAUUCUCAAUACGGAGGUUUAUCAUCAGCAGCUUUAGAGAUCACAAAUGCCGGAAAGGAACAAAGUGGUACUGGAGUUUUCUCUGGAAAUCUGUCUUUGGAUGUCACGGAGGGUACAAAAUGGAAUAUUAGCAGGAGUGGCUUCUGUGGUAUGAGGUCUAAAAAGUUUGAUGGCUUUAUCGAUUUAGAUCCUUAUGAUACUAUAGCACUAAAAAUUAAAGGAGAUGGGAGAAGUUACAUAUCAACUAUUUAUACAGAGAAUUGGGUAAAUUCACCUGGCCAAAUGGAGGAUAACUCAUGGCAAGCAUUUGUAGCUGUGCCUAAAGACGACUGGGUUGUUGCAAAAAUUCCUCUGGCUCAUUAUCUUCCAACAUGGAGAGGAAAUGUAAUCGAAGCGGAUAUAGAAAUGAACCCAUCUCGAGUUGUUGGCAUGUCACUGUCUGUGAAUGCUGAAGGUGGGGUCCCGGGUGCUCAAACUGGCCCAGGUGAUUUUAGGUUGGAAAUAGACUGGAUCAAAGCUUUGAGAACUCAAUGAACGGCCUCCAAAUUGUAGUUAAAAAACAUGUUUAUGCUUUGCUUUGCUUAGUUUAAUAAUAAUAAUACCUGAACAUAGAAAACUUCUCUAGCUUUGUUCCUCAGUUGGUAUGGAACACAACAGGAUAUACCUACCUACCUACCUGUUACAUUUUAAUUUUGCAACGUGCUUCUCCCUAUCUUCGUGACCCUGCUCCAAUAUAAAUAAAUACUAUUUAUUAAUGCUAAUAAUGUGAGUUUUAUCUCCA